AUGGAGUCCGUUUCCCCCUAUGCAGUCUCCUCGACGAAUCGAAGUGGCUUGAUUGUCAUCGUUGAAACACUCUUUAUGACAUGGAUGAUCAUAGUGAGUUUGAUUCGACUGUACAUGCGACUCGCGAUCAAUGGACCAGUCAAGAUUGAUGAUGUGGUAGUGUUUACUGGAAGUGUAAUGGCCAUCGCCCACGUAGGAGCGGUAAUGGAUGCGAUUUCCCAUGGUCUAGGCCGAUCAGAGGACGAAAGCUCGCUGUCGAACUUGAUACGCGCUGGAAAGGGGGUCUAUGCAGCGAACCUUUUAUUCCUGGCUGGGCACGGCGCGGCCAAGAUUUCCGUAUGUUUGCUUCUCAAGCAACUGGGCCGACAGAAAAGCUACUUGUUCUGUUCCAAGAUUCUUUUUGGAAUGGUGACGGCGUGGACGCUUGCUUCGAUUCUUGCAAUUGCCCUCUGUUGCUUCCCACAAUACCAAAUUUCGAUGGCCCAACAAUGUAGCAAUACUGUGCGUUAUACUGAAUCAUAUGAAGCGAUACAACUGACAAGCGAGAGUAGGGUACUGCCUGGAAAAUUAUCACUGCGUUUGAUGUGGUUACAGAAAUCCUUACCUUUGGAUUGUGUAUUUUUCUGGUAUGGGGGAUUCAAAUGCGGUGGAAGCAAAAGUGGACUGUGGUUUUUGCAUUUGGGACGAGGACCCCUAACUAAUCAUUUUUCUGUGAUAUUUAGGGUUAUCAUCUUAAUUAUACUACGUCAAAUCUAUCUUAACCGCUCGCUUUUCCAUCCCGACGCGCCUCUGCACCUAUCGGAUGCAAUGAUCGUUACCGCCCUUCUCCUUCACUGCAGCAUUAUGGUAUCUACUGUGCCAUGUCUGAAGCCAUUUGUUAUUGUAUUCAACACAGGAUGGGGCCAGGGCGUCACGAAUCGCCACGGCCAAAAUUCGUAUUUCACACCCACUGGAAAGGGCGCAUCAACCAACCAGUCUUACGUCUACUCAACAAGCCGUGAUAAAGAGGACGAGGUUGAUCUGACUCUGGCUAGUUCUCGGCAGUCACAGGAUAGCCAACGUCUGAUUAUUCACCAGACACGGGAAUGGCGGGUGGAGGAGGAAGAUUUUGAGAUGCACUCUCUACAAGAUAAAAAUUGA